CUCUCUCAAUUACGAUUUGGGCAUGCGUUGGCUAUUGUGCGCGCCAUUCCACAAACAAGCUCCAUGCAACCCGUAGCAGCAGAUAAAUUACAGUUUUAUGGUCUUUAUAAACAAGCAACCGAAGGAGACGUCAAUAUACCUAGGCCCUCUUCCCGGCAAGUGGUUGAAUACGCCAAGUGGAAGGCAUGGAGUCGUAUGAAGGGUAUCAGCCCCAUGGAUGCGCAGAAUCUUUAUGUGGAGUCUUUAAUACACCUUUUG